AUGGUAUGGAACGUGCAAGGGGCAGGAAGUCGCACCUUUAUCUCAUCUCUUAGGGAAACAAUCCGGCAUAACAGACCUGAUGUUCUUGCCCUGGUUGAGACGCAUAUGGGGGGAGCGCAAGCAAUGAAAAUUGCGAAUCUUCUUGGCUACUCAGGACACACUAGGGUGGAUGCUAUGGGAUUCAGUGGAGGUAUCUGGAUCUAUUGGAAACAAGAGUCAGUAACUGUCGAACCCAUCCUCAAACACAACCAACAUAUCACAAUGGAUAUCACAAGGGUUGGAGCCACUCCAUGGUAUUUUACCGCCGUCUAUGCAAGCCCGGAUCCUACAAAGCGGCAAGAAUUAUGGCAAGAACUAAAAUCUUUUGCUUCUACCCAUAAUAAGCCCUGGCUGAUUGCCGGAGAUUUUAAUGACACUAGAUUUAGCUCGGAAAGAAAUAGUUCGUGCAAUGAGACAAAUCGGAGAUCUGCAAGAUUUAAUAACUGGAUUGAAGAAAUGCAUUUGAUCGAGGUUGAAUUCGCGGGAGCUGCGCAUACUUGGGCUAGGGGACUCACUCCGGAAACACGUCAGAGUGGACGUCUAGAUAGGGCAUUGUGUAAUGUAGAGUGGGGAUUACGCUUUGAAAACGCAAAAGUAAAGCAUCUCCCAGCAAUUGGUUCGGACCACUGUCCGAUUUUAAUCUCCCCAAAUGGCUUUGCACCCCUCCAGUCAAUUAAUCGCCCAUUCAAAUUCCAAGCGGCUUGGCUCACACAUGAACAAUUUGAUAAAUUUGUGAAUGAUAAAUGGGAUUCCAAUGGCCCACUAAUUCCAGCUUUAGCCAAGCUAUCUUCUGACUUGCAAGUUUGGAAUAGAGAAAUUUUUGGGAAUAUUUUUCACCAAAAAAAGCACCUCAUGGCCCGUAUAGCUGGUGUGCAACAACGCCUCUCGACGGCUACUGAUCGAGGUCUUCUUAAACUGGAAUCGAAAUUACGGAGAGAGCUGGAUGAUAUAUUGCAACGUGAGGAGACGUUAUGGUACCAAAAAUCUAGGGUGGAUUAG